AUGACGGACGCAGCGCAGGGCGACGAGGCCGUGCAGUGCACUGAAGCCGAGAGCAAGCUCAACCAGGAGCUCCUCGAGGCGUGUCGAAACGGCGCAGAUGUCGAGAGGAUAAAGCAGCUGCUCCGCGACGGAGCUGACGCCGCCUUCCAGGAGACCGAGGGCGGCACGUCUGUGCUGAUGCACGCCGCCGGCCGCGGCGACGCUGCCGUCGUGAAGGCUCUGCUGGAGGCGGGGGCGCCGUGGAACGCGCUGGACCGCGCGGGGCGCUGUGCGGGCGAGUGGGCGAACGAUGCGGGGCACGAGGAGGCGGCGACCGCGCUCCUGGACGCGGGCUGCCGCGCGGAGCUCCUGCUGAUGGCGAUCGACGAGGCCCGUGCGCUCGGGCCAGUCCAGGCAGCUGCAGGUUCGAACGACGACUACCUGUCCCAGCGGCUCAAGUACGACGAGGACAACUCGAAGCUGAUGGACGCCGAGGGCGAGGCGGUCAUGAUGGACUGGGAGGCUCCGCUGAUGCAGGCCCACGCCGCCGCGAUAUGUCAGACCAGGGGGGAUGUAUUGAAUGUGGGGUUCGGGCUCGGAAUCGUCGACAACGCGAUCCAGGAGUGCCAGCCGCGCUCGCACACGAUCGUCGAGGCGCACCCGGACGUCCUCGCGCGGAUGAAGGAGCUCGGGUGGUACGACAAGGAGGGCGUCACGGUGCUCGAGGGGCGCUGGCAGGACGCGCUCCCGGCGGCCGGACGCACGUUCGACGGCAUCUUCUUCGACACGUACGGAGAGUACUACGAGGACAUGCGCGGCUUCCACCGCAUGCUGCCGAAGCUCCUGAAGCCAGGGGGGGUGUAUUCUUACUUCAACGGGCUGGCGCCAGACAACCCCUUCUUCCAUGCCGUGUACUGCGAGGUGGUCCGACUGGAGAUGGCGCAGCUGGGCCUCGAGACGCUCUUCCUGCCGCUGCCGAUGGGCCCAGAGAGGAACAAGCACGGCAAGGCGGAGACGUGGGACGGCGUGAAGAACCGGUACUGGUGGGGGGACGUGUACCACCUCCCCGUGUGCCAGAUGGCCGACCCGGACGAGGACGGCGACUCAGGAGGCAGCGGGAAGUGA